AUGCAUUCUGCAAACUGCGACUGUAAAGCUGAACAUGAGUUGGCAACUACAUUCGUAUGCUUGAGGGAGUAUUUGGACCUCCCAUCAAUAAGAGUCUUUAACAGUACCACAGAUCCGAAUCUGGGAAGAAUAGUAUUUAAGCCUUACGACGAACGUUUGAGCCCACCCGAGAUUUUAAGUGACCCUGUUGAAACGGAAUUGCUGUUUACAGUGCCGUUUUCACAGCCCUGUGAUGUGCAUAAUUUCUUAGCGGUGAACGAGAGUGAGGCUGCCUUGGAGCUUAAAAUCUUUGCGAAUCGGCCUGACUUCGACUUCAGUGACGUUGAAGCAACUGUUCCAACCCUCACCUUAAACCUUCCUCCCGACUUUCACGGCUCAUUCAUUCACAAUUUGAACUCAGUGAAGUUCAAAGGCGUUCAGGACCUAGCUCUUCACUUUCUCUCAAACAAAGGCCCCGUCAAGCUCAGGUACAUUGGCCUCAGAGGAAGGCCACUCCAGCCUGUAAAAGGAGUUGUAGAUGUCACAUACGAAGUAACUCCAACUGCUGAUUUCAACGAAUCACUUUCCGAAAUUAAAAACUUCAAAAUCAUCGAAUAA